AUGCAAAGCGUAGUAGCGACCGGUGAUGACUGGGGAUCAUCUGCUCAACGUUUCCCAAACUAUGUCGAUGGGGAAGCUACAUGGCCCGCUGAGUUGUUAGCUGAUACCCCUGAUCGAUGCACAACAUACGAGAGCUUUCAAACCAUCGUUGCUGAGAAUCCAGACCGUCCAUAUUUAGAGCCUUGGCGUGAAGAAAAUCAGCCUGUCGGCCUAUACUCGAAGAAUCGAAUGGAAUGGACACUGAGUGAUCACGCACUUUCGUCAUACACUCUGCCAUCGGUUGCAAUCUACGACACACUCGGUCCCGAUUCUGUACAUUACGUGAUAGAGCAUAGUGAAAUGAUAGCAGUCUUCUUCAAGAAAACUCGUCUCGAGUCCGUUCUUACUGCAAUAGGAAAGGGUUUACCGGAUCUCAAUUACGCCAUUUACUUUGAUGUUGUCACAUCUGACGACAAGGCCAGAUUUACAAAAGCUGGUGUUGAGCUCCUCAACCUGAACAAGUUGGCGGAUAUGGGCGUGGACAAUGUGUUCCCACACGAUCCCCCCACUGCAUCGGAUGUCGCGGUACUCGUGUAA